CUCUUGGAGAUUAUAUUUCUUUUAGAUGUAAUAACUAAAUGUUUUCACCCAUGCCACGCUGCAGGAAAGUUGAUAUCUUCAACGACUCACCUGUGAAACAAGGAAACCGGGCAUUGGACAUACUUCAUUCCGUUGCCUAUUCGUUCGACAAAAAACCAGAAUCAGCUGAAAGAAUUCUACAGGACGCAGCAGGGCUUGGGUCCUUUGUCAAGCUUUAUGAACUCUGCGUGGAGCAUAUCGCACGUCUUUUCAGAUUUGUGGCGGGUGGAUUGAUUACGGGACUCCUCAUUUUGUAUAGCAUAUGCAAGGAGUUGAUGUAAGGAGGCAAUACAAUACAACAGGAAAUCCCACAUUUUCAGAAGAAUAGCAGCAGUUCUCAAAGAUACCCUGUAAUGCUGGUUUAUUUCAUCCUAUUCUUGCUCCUGCGAAACAAAAACGGGCGUCAUUUCACUCUUAAAGAAAAUGACUGUCAGCAUUUGUAGGGAUGUAUAUAUAUUGUUGUAAGAAAGACAGGAAGUACUGAGCAAUGCUACUAUCACAUUCUAACUAAUAUUACUAUAUUGUGCCUAUGUGUUAUUCCUUGGGUGUGUGUGGGAUGGUGAAUUCCUUGGUUAACUAACCAUAAGCGGAUACCAUCAUACCAUAUAACUCUGCAUUGACUCGAAAAGAGUCGACAAGUCAGACUGGAUGGGCAUAGCCUCAACAGUGCAUGCCGCCUCUGUACUGGCUCAUUUGUGAUUGCAGCAGCAGGAGCAGGAUGCAUUGGAACAAUUACCUAUGGCGCAACCAAGUAAGCUGGCGUCCAUGUGGAAAGUAUUCAAAGAAACAAGUUGGGAAGUCGAGCCACCCUCCAAGAAGGCAGUCUUAGCAGGCUUCUCCUUCUUCAGGGAAACUCAAUGUAAAGCUUCAGGGAAACUCAAUGUAAAGCAUAGCAAAAGGAGCACCAAGGAACAAAGCAAUACCUUUUCACAAAUUGGCAUGAUUCUUACCUUGCCAGCCUCUGUAUAUUAUAGUGGAAGUGAUUCCUUACUUCAUAUGGUAACAAACAAAUGUUUAUGCUUUAACGGUGCACCACGGAAAUUCCAUUUGAUGCCAGGAAGCUUCUUCCCCUAUAGGCUAUAUAUAUAUACAUAUAUAUAUAUAUAUAUAUAUAUAUAUAUAUAUACUCAGAUUCAUUCUCUAACCACCAAGCAACUGAAAAUGCCCACCAGCUAUACAUGACUAUAUCACACCUCAUUCCACUAUGCCUUCACCUCUUUCUGCAUGCAAACACCCAAACACCAUGAACUCUGCCCUCACACAUAUCUCCUUCCACUCUCCCUCUUAUUUCAUCCUAAAACAGCGCCCGCAGUCCCGCCACCAGCAGAUCAGCAUCAAGUGGCGGAAGAGGCAACAAUGUUCAGCAAAGCCCAUACGAGCCAUACCAGGGCCGAAUGGAACCGGUGCUUACCGUGGAGGUAAUAACUUACCAUCUUCACCCCUGACAGAUGUGAUUCAGGAGUCCUACUCCUCCCUCAAUGAUAAGGACAUCACACGACUCGAGAAGCUGAUUUCCCUUGAUUGCGUCAUCGAGGACACUGCAUACUACAAACCGCUGGACGUCAAGAAUACCCAUACCUACUUCACAAGGCUUAUCAAAGUUAUGGGGAAGAAUGCCAAAUUUGCUAUCGAUGAGGUUUGUCAAGGAGUAGAACCCACCGUCGCAGUAAUGUGGCACCUUGAGUGGCGCGGGGAGAUGAUCCCAUUUGCCAAGGGCUGCAGUUUCUUCAUGUGCUCAGCAAAUGGAGCAGCCCUUCUUAUUAGGAAAGUUCAUAUCUUCGACGAGUCACCCCUGAAACCAGGAAAGCUGGCAUUGGAAAUACUUAAUUUUGUGAUCAACGUGUUCGACACAUUCCCAUAUAUAGCUAAAGGUUUCCUAAAGAAUAAAGAAGCACUAGCUCGGUUCUUCGCAAGGUUUUAUAAAUUCUGCGGGCCUUUUAUCGUCCCUCUUGUUGCAUAUUAUACCGACGUCCCAAUUCUUGCAUAUUAUACCCGCUUCUGGUCAUAUGUGGCACAAGGAUUCACUAUGGUGCUCAACAUGCUGUAUAACAUAUUCAAGCGGUUCCUGUAAUAAGGAACUAAUGUAACAUUCAGAAGAAAAACAAAUCUGGAAGAAGAUAGCCUGUGUGGUUGCAAUCAAUUAAAUUACCGGCAACAUCACGGGUGAAGGAUCAGCGAAGGACCGGACCUACAACAACCAGCUGCGGUAUAGGCACUGUCAAUGACUCAGAAUAUGCCACAAGAUGUCGGUUUGUUUCCCAGAGGCUUCCUACUUUGCUCCUGUGAAACGGAAAUGGACAUCAUUUCACUCUUAAAAGGAAAUGGUCGUUAGCAUAGGGAUGCAUGUAUAUAACCACAGGGUAUUGUUGUAAGAAGAACUGACGAAUACCAUUGUUACAUUCUUAUACUGCGUACUAAUUUCCAGCAUCUAAUAAAAUGCCCCCGGGAUAUCCUGCUUACGGAUUCUUGUGUAACAGCUGCAGUAGCAUCUUAUAAUAUUUGCCUAUUUGUGUAGUUGUAGGUUUUUCUUUAAGACCCCACAGUACAGUCUGCACUUCACAGGAGAGU